UUGCAGUUUCCAGGGGGUAGUGACAGCUACCUGACCAUCACUGGUUCAGGACACCCAUUCCUGACUGGGACAGAGACAUUUCAUACACCAAGCCUAGGAGAUGAGGAGUUUGAGAUACCUCCCAUAUCCUUAGAUUCUGACCCAUCCCUGGCAGUCACUGAUGUAGUUGGACACUUUGAUGAUCUUGGGGAUCCUACAGCUGUUCAAGAAGGAGCAUUUGCAGCACAGUAUGGAGUUCAGACUUUGGACAUGCCAGUGGAAAUGUCCCAUGAAGUAAUAGAACAAACUGGUGGACUGCUUGGAACCGGAUUAACCAUGGAUUUGGAUCAUCCCAUUGUCACCACGUACAGUGCCAACCCACCAGUUACCAUAGAUGUUUCAAUGACCGACAUAUCAACUGGUCUUCUGGCUCACAGUCAGCUAACAACGAUUGACCAAUCAGAGCUGAGCACCCAACUUGGUUUGAGCCUUGGUGGUGGUACUAUUUUGCCUCCAGUUCAGUCUCCUGAAGAUCACCUGUCACCUACUCCCUCACCCACAAGCUCUUUGCAUGAUGAGGACAUGGAAGAUUUUAGAAGGAUAACUGCUCCUAAGAAUGUUGUUGUGGAACAAACAAAGAAACAGAAAGCUUCUAAGAAAAGAAAGAAGAAAGAUCCUAACGAGCCUCAAAAACCUCUUUCUGCAUAUGCUCUAUUUUUUCGUGACACGCAGGCUGCCAUUAAGGGACAAAACCCUAAUGCAACAUUUGGGGAGGUGUCUAAAAUUGUGGCCUCUAUGUGGGACAGCCUAGGAGAAGAGCAGAAGCAGGUUUAUAAAAGAAAAACUGAGGCAGCUAAAAAGGAAUAUCUAAAGGCUUUGGCACUGUACAAGGAAAACCAAAUGUCACAGGUGGUUGUGGAGACUAUGGAUUUGGAUCCUCCUCCUGCUACACCAGCUAUGUUGCCCGAAUUACCGGUUUGUUCUCCCUCUGUAGCAGCUGCAGUCAGUGUACCCCAGAGUGCUUCUUCGCCUCCUGCACCUACUCCUCCACUCCCACAAGUAGUUGCUACCCAACCAAGCAUUGCUAAAAUAAUAAUUUCCAAACAGAUGCUCCAGGCGGGACAGAUCCCCACAUCUAUCGCUGUGUCUCAGGGCAUGGUGACAGUGAUUCCGGCUACUAUGGUGACUUCUCGUGGCUUACCCCUUCACCAAUUGCAGCCCAGCCCUCAGACGCGAGUCACACGAUCCGUACUACAGGCAACGAUGCAGAUGCCUCCGCGCCUACAGCCACCGCCAUUACAACAGAUGCAGCAACCACCACGUCUACAGAUGGCACCUGCUCAGCAACCAUCAAUCACUAUUCUGCAGCCUCCUCCACCUCUACAGCCAAUGCAGAAAGUGAGGCUUAGUGUGCAGCCUCCCCCAUUGCAGAUCAAGAUUAUACCACCUCCUCUGCUACCCCAACCGCAUACUGUACAAGUCCAAGCACAAGCCAUCCCAAUCAUCAGUGUACCCAGUUCACCUGAAGUUCCUGCCUCACCUGAACAUUUGGAAGUAUUAACAGAAGUUGUACAAGAGGAGUCUUCCCCGCCACAAAUGGAUGUGCAGCUAGUAAGUGGUUCUCCACCUCACAGUCCAUCUCCCCAGCUUCGGUGUGUACGCUCAGGAUGUGAGAAUCCCCCUGUGGAAAGCAAAGAUUGGGACAAUGAGUACUGUAGUAAUGAAUGUGUGGCAAAACACUGCAGGUAA